AUGAAAGAUCAUGCCGAAUCACGACUUCUAAACGAGCAGCACAAUAGCAGGAGAAAGCCGGAAAAUAUGAGGAUGCCUAUAUCUGUAUGGCCUACCACUGCUGCUACAAUUAUUGCUCUUAUUGCCUGUCUAGCAUUCAGUAUAUUCUUUCAACGUGGCUUGAGCGGAUUUUCUAAACAGGUAAACGCAUUUAUUUCCCUUGGUGACUUCAGCUCGAUACUACUACAAUCGAUUGUAUUCAUUAUCUCUGCAGUUGUUAUUAUAUAUUUAUUGGUCGUUUACCUUGCUUCUGCACGUGUAUUCUCGAAUGUUCUCGGAAUCUGUGGUUCUCCAUGCCUUCUCUACAUCUCAUCAUUCAGUUCGCAAGGAUUUUUGAUAUUAUGGGUGCUUUUGCUGUGCUUUGUCUCAUCAAUUUCUUUAGUGUAUUUCCUCUUCAUUGGAGGGAUAUACUCGUUCUGUGCGCUUGUCGACCAACAAUGUUUCGAUUUCCGAGUUUUAAUACCAGCUAUUGUUAGCAGAUUUAGCAACAAGAAAGUCGAUAUGAUAUUUUGCGCUGAAAAGAAGGAAUUGUUAUGCUCCCAGAAUAAUAAUCAGAUAUGGAACUUCUUACUGUCUUUCAUCUUUGCCUUAGUAACGUUAGCAGCGCUCAUAUUCUUGCAAAACUGUGUCGUUUACGGGCUUGGAAAACGGCAAGCGUCGAAAGAACAAAGAUCGAGGGAGCGACGUGAGGGAAAAGAGAAGUACGAAAUGAAGCAACUGAGUUAA